CCUAGAGCCAUCAUGGGGCAUCUCUGCCCACCUGCCCAGGUGCUGGACCUCAGCCACAACCAGCUGUCCUUCGUGCCUCCCGACCUGCCCGAGGCCCUUGAGGAGCUGCACCUGCAGAGCAACCGCAUCAGCCAUGUGGGCCCCGAAGCCUUCCUCAGCACACCCAGCCUGCGCGCCCUCUUCCUCAGGGCCAACAGGCUGCACAUGACCAGCAUUGCGCCUGAGGCCUUCCUGGGCCUCCCACACCUGUGCGUGGUGGACACGACGGGUAACCCUGAGCAGGUCCUGAUCCAGCUGCCAUCCACGGCACCACGGCAGCCACGGGCAGGGUGCCCCUGACCUAAGGGGUUCUGCCGGGCUGUGGACUAAGGAGACAGUGCCCACCUGGGGCCUCAACCCAUCUCUCCCAGGCCUCCGGGCUAAGCCCACCUGACCAGUGCUGGCCAGGAAGCUGGGGCACCUCACACGGAGGGAGGGACCGAGGCAUGCAGCUCACACAUCAGGUGACCCUGCUGGCCAGGUCCCGCACAGAUGGAGACAGCAACAAUAAAGCCUAAUUCUUUC